AUGUCGCAACCAUACGGCCAGUCGGCUGGCUACUACGGCGGCCAGCCUCCACAGCCGCCCUACGAUCCCAAGUACGCGCAACAGUACAAUAACAACAACAACAACAACGGCUACCAGCAAGAUUACCAGCAGGGCUACGCUCAGCCGCCGCCGCAAGGAUACGACAAUGGCAGCAAUGGGUACGGAUACAAUGCGCCGCCUCAGGGCUACGACCCGGAGAAGUACACCUUCGAGGAGGCUUUCAAGAUCGACAAGCCCAAGUGGAAUGAUCUCUGGGCCGCCAUUCUGUUCAUCGCCGUCUUCCUUGGCUUCGCCGCCGUCUCGGGCCUGACGAUAUCGGGUUACUCUGCGACCAAGAACCUCAAUGGUGGCGGAAUCUACGACGGCGGCAACACCUUUGGCCUCAGCACAAACACCAUUGUCCUCUUCGCAUUCGUCCUCGCUGUCGCCAUUGUCUUGAGUUAUGCCUAUGUUUGGAUGGCCCGCCUCUUCCCCAAGGCCUUCAUUUGGGUCACCGGCAUCCUGAACAUCGUCUUCGCCUUCGUCACCGCAAUCUACAUGCUCUCGCGCCGCUACUACUCUGGUGGCAUCGUGUUUCUGAUCUUUGGCGUCUUUCUCAUUAUCGCCUUCAUCAGCUGGAUCCCGCGCAUCCCCUUCUCCGCCCUCAUGCUCAAGACCUCCAUCAAGGUCUCCAAGCAGUACGGUCACGUCUACCUCGUUUCGUUCUUGGGAGGCAUGCUCGGCGCUGCUUUUGCGGCAUGGUAUUCCGUCACUCUCGUUGCGACUUACUCCAAGUACCAACCAUCGCCGAACAACCCACAAUGCAGCAACGGCCAGUGCAGUCAGGGCAAGGUCAUUGGGUUGAUUGUCUUCAUCACUUUCGCCAUGUACUGGAUCUCAGAGGUCCUCAAGAACGUCAUCCACGUCACUAUUUCGGGCGUCUACGGCUCAUGGUACUUCUGCGUCAACAACUUUCCCAAGGGCGCCACCCGCGGCGCGCUGAAGCGUUCGUUGACCUACAGCUUCGGCUCCAUCAGCUUUGGUAGCUUGAUCGUCGCCAUCAUCAACUUCCUCCGCCACCUUUGCUCUGUCGCUAGGUCGCAAGCUGCCGGGGACGGCAACAUUGUCGGCUACGUCCUCUUCUGCAUCCUGGGCUGCCUCAUCUCGUUGCUGGACUGGGCUGUCAGCUUCCUGAACCGAUACGCCUUCUCUCACAUUGCGCUUUACGGCAAGGCCUAUAUCCCCGCCGCAAAGGACACAUGGAAAAUGAUCAAGGACCGCGGCAUCGACGCCCUUAUCAACGAAUGUCUCAUUGGCCCCGUCCUCUCUUUCGGUGCCACCUUCAUCGGCUACGCCUGCGCGUUCCUUGCCUACCUCUACAUGGUCUUCACCAACCCUGCUUACAACCAGAGUGGCAAUUACACACCCGUCGUCGUUGCCUUCUCCUUCCUCAUCGGCCUCCAAAUCGCCAACGUCUUCACGACGCCCAUCUCGAGCGGUAUCGACACAAUCUUUGUUGCUUCGGCUUGGGACCCUCAGGUGUUGAUGCGCGAUCACCCUCAGCUCUAUGAUGAGAUGAUCCGAGUUUAUCCUCAUGUCCAACAGGCUAUCCACGCCUAA